ACCGGUGUAGGAGAUUUUUAUUUAUAAGCAGACUUUGAUCUUUGCAGAUGUGUCUUGAUUUGUUUAUGUGGUUAUUUCAUCAGUUUUAAAUUAUCAUCAGUUUAAAUUAACAUCGUUAUUUGUAAUCAUGGUUAACUUAGUCCCAGAAACUAUUAAUUUUCCCAAUGAGGAAAAAAUUGUUCUUGAACACUGGCAAAAUACAAAAGCGUUUGAAACUAGCCUUAAACAAUCAAGUGGGAAACCUCCGUUUGUUUUCUUUGAUGGUCCACCAUUUGCUACUGGAUUACCUCAUUAUGGACACAUCUUAGCUGGUACAAUCAAAGAUAUUGUGACACGUUGGGCUCAUCAAUCAGGUUACCACGUGGAGCGACGUUUUGGUUGGGAUUGUCAUGGAUUACCCGUUGAAUAUGAAAUUGAUAAGUCUCUUGGUAUCAAGGGACCAGAAGAUGUUGAGAAAAUGGGUAUUGCAGCAUAUAACAAGGAAUGUCGCGCUAUUGUUAUGAGAUAUUCAGAUGAAUGGGAAAAUAUAGUAACUCGAUUAGGUCGCUGGAUUGACUUUAAAAAUGAUUAUAAAACAAUGUAUCCUUGGUUUAUGGAAACUGUUUGGUGGGUUUUUAAACAGCUCUUCAGCAAAGGGCUGGUUUACCGAGGUGUCAAAGUCAUGCCCUUUUCAACUAAAUGUAAUACUCCAUUAUCUAAUUUUGAAGCCGGGCAAAACUACAAGGAUGUUGUUGAUCCUACUGUAAUCGUUUCAUUUCCAUUAGAUGAUGAACCUAGUGUCUCUCUUGUUGCAUGGACAACAACACCAUGGACUCUUCCAAGUAAUUUAGCUCUUUGUGUUAAUCCAGAGUUAGAUUAUGUGAAAGUGCAUGAUAAUGUUCGUAAUGCUGAUUUUAUUCUCAUGGAAUCCCGGUUAAUUGAACUCUUCAAGAAACCUGAUGACUAUAAAAUAUUAGAAAAGUUUAAAGGUAAAACCUUGGAAGGUAAAAAAUAUGAACCGCUUUUUCCUUAUUUCGCUUCAAGAAAAUCGGAAGGAGCUUUCAGAGUGCUUUGUGAUGGAUAUGUUACUAGUGAAAGUGGUACUGGUAUCGUUCAUCAAUCACCUUAUUUCGGUGAAGACGAUUAUAGAAUUUGCUUAAACUAUGGAGUUAUUACUAAAGAAGGACCAAUGGUAUGUCCUGUGGAUAAUAGUGGUCGGUUUGUUGAACCUGUAAACGAUUUUCUUGGACAACAUGUUAAAGAUGCCGAUAAAAACAUCAUUAAGCUUCUUAAAGAAAGGAAACGGUUGGUGCAAUCUGGUACAACUAAACACAGUUAUCCAUUCUGUUGGCGAUCAGAUACUCCUCUGAUCUACCGUGCAGUUCCUUCUUGGUUCAUCCGAGUUGAACAAAUGACAAGUAAUUUAUUAAAAAAUAAUCAGGAAACCUAUUGGGUCCCAGAUUUUGUUAAAGAAGGCAGAUUUGCUAAUUGGCUGAAAGAUGCUCGUGAUUGGGCUGUUUCUAGAAAUAGAUAUUGGGGUACUCCUAUUCCAAUUUGGACAAACGAUGAUGGGUCUGAAAUAAUUGUCGUGGGUUCUAUUGCUGAAUUGGAAGAACUUUCCGGUGUAAAAGUGAAUGAUUUACACAGAGAGUCUGUCGACGAUAUUACCAUUCCCUCCAAGAAAGAUGGUCAAGUUUUACGACGAGUGAAAGAAGUUUUUGAUUGCUGGUUUGAAAGUGGAUCCAUGCCCUAUGCCCAAGCUCAUUACCCAUUUGAAAAUAGAAGAAAAUUCGAAGAGAAUUUCCCUGCCGAUUUCAUCGCUGAAGGAGUUGAUCAAACUAGAGGCUGGUUUUAUACUCUUCUAGUUUUAUCCACUGCUCUCUUUGAUCGCCCUCCUUUCAAAAAUUUAAUCGUCAACGGUCUGGUAUUGGCAAGUGAUGGUCAAAAGAUGAGUAAAAGUAAAAAGAAUUAUCCAAAUCCUAUGGAAGUUGUCGAUAAAUAUGGUGCAGAUGCGUUAAGACUUUACUUGAUCAAUUCACCUGUUGUAAGAGCUGAAAACUUGCGAUUCAGAGAAGAAGGAGUUCGUGAUAUUUUGAAAGAUGUUUUCCUUCCCUGGUUCAACGCAUAUCGUUUUCUCAUUCAGAACGUUCAACUUUAUGAGAAAAAUACCGGUGCAAAUGUCAUUUUCGACCCAUCUAAAUUAUCAAAGCCAAUUAAUCCAAUGGAUCGCUGGAUCUUAUCAUUUACACAAAGUUUAAUCAAAUUUGUGAAACAAGAAAUGAAGGCUUAUCGGCUUUAUACGGUUGUACCUAAAUUAGUCGGAUUCAUUGAAAACCUUACCAACUGGUAUGUUAAAAUGAACCGAAAGCGUUUCAAGGCUGAUAAAGAAAAGGAAGACUGUCUUACUGCUUUGGAAACAUUGUCCGUUGUCCUUAUGUCGAUUGUUAGACUCAUGGCUCCAUUCACUCCUUUCCUGACUGAAUAUAUCUACAGCAAUUUGAAAAAUUUAUUCAACGUAGGAGAUGAAACUAAAUCUAUUCACCAUCUAAUGCUUCCAGAGGUUCAAUUAGCACUAAUUGACGAAGAAGUUGAAAAUCAAGUCUCGGACAUGAAGACUGUCAUCGAAAUCGGUCGAAUUUUGCGUGAUCGUAAAACUUUACCUUUAAAAUAUCCCCUUCCUGAGAUCAUAAUAAUUAGCAAAGAUGAAGAUACUUUGAAAAAUAUUAAGUCAAUGGAAAAAUAUAUUUUAGACGAAUUAAAUGUGAGAAAGGUGACUGUCACGGACGACAAGGAAAAGUAUGGACUUGAGCUGAAAGCUGAACCUGAUAUAAAGGCUCUUGGUAUUCGCUUGCGAGAAAAAUCUAAGGAUAUCAUUAAAGCCAUUAGAGAAUUGUCUGAUGAGAAGCUCCAAGAGUAUCAGAAAAAUCCUAAUUUAUUUACUAUUAAUAAUAUUGUCUUCGAACCCGAUGAAAUAAGAUUAACCUACAAGUUUGGUGGUGAUGCUGGUAACAUUUUAUCUGAAAAGUAUAUUGCUUCUUCAGAAGGAAACAUUCUAGUUAUUCUUGAUGUUACUCCUGAUGAUAGCAUGAAAGAUGAAGGUACUGCUCGUGAAGUAACCAAUCGAAUUCAAAAACUGAAAAAGAAAGCUCACUUGGUUCCUACUGAUGAAAUAAUUGUUUUCUAUUCAACAUCUGAUUCUAAUCUUGAAAGAGUCAUAACAAGUUUCAAUGAAUAUAUUUCAAAUACUGUUAACUCACCUAUCAAGCCUAUGAAAGAUUUACCCUCUGGAAUCAAAGUUCUCAUCAAAGAGGAUCAAGACCUCAAAGAUAAACCUUUAACUCUCGCUUUGAUUAGGCGAGUUGCUAUGGAAAAUAGUAAUCCAACUUCAUCCGAACCUCAAGAACUUCCUUUAUGUCGCUAUGUGAAUGUUGUUUUUGUCAACAAUAAGAAAAACGGUUCAAUUGAACGAGGAACUAUUCUCUUGGAAAAUCCUAUCGACUGUAGAGUAAUCACCGGUGAAGCACAUCUAAUCAAAUUAGUCAAAAUAUUGUUCAACUUACAGGGCGAAAAUCUAUUUUUAUUUGAUAAAUCAAGCGGUUCUCGUCUAAACUUAUCUAAUGUAAACGAUUUUCUGAACCUUCAUAAGCAAACUAUUGUUGCUUCAACUACCAAUCAAUAUCCUUCAAGUGUAACCGUUGGCUAAAAAUAAACAUUUUAUUCAAGUCCAGCUCA